AAUUAUUGCCUCUAUUGGGUUCUCUCUCUAGUCUUCACUUAAUUAAAUAAUUAGCCUCCUCUUCUUUGGUUUUUCCCUAUAGAUCUACGGCCAUGGAGGAACCUUAGGAUAUUCAAGAAUUUCUUACCUGCUAGAAGAUGAUGAAAGGUUUGAUGUUCCAACAACAGAUACAGCAGCCCGUUGUGGAGGAGAACAUGUCUAAUUUGACUUCUGCGUCAGGUGAGGCAAGUGUUUCUCCAGGCAACAGAACCGAGAUAGGGACAAACUAUUCUCAACAAUACUUUGCUCCAACGCCACCCCAAACUCAACCAGUGAAGAAAAAGAGAAACCUUCCAGGCAACCCAGACCCAGAUGCAGAAGUGAUAGCUUUGUCUCCCAAGACUCUCAUGGCAACAAAUAGAUUUAUUUGUGAGAUCUGUAACAAAGGGUUUCAGAGGGAUCAGAAUCUUCAACUUCAUCGAAGAGGGCAUAAUUUGCCAUGGAAGCUAAAGCAAAGAACAAGUAAAGAGGUAAAGAAGAAGGUCUACGUGUGCCCAGAACCUAGUUGCGUGCACCAUGACCCAUCAAGGGCUCUUGGGGACUUGACUGGGAUCAAGAAACACUUCUGCAGAAAGCAUGGUGAGAAGAAAUGGAAAUGUGACAAGUGCGCAAAGAAGUAUGCAGUUCAAUCAGAUUGGAAAGCUCACUCCAAGACCUGUGGCACUAGGGAGUACAGAUGUGACUGUGGAACCCUUUUCUCAAGGAGGGAUAGUUUCAUCACCCACAGAGCUUUCUGUGAUGCAUUGGCAGAGGAGAGUGCAAGAGCCAUCACAACAAACCAACUUCUGUCCUCUCAAGCUGGCCCCUCAUCGUCUCACAUAAACCAGCUCCCACCCCGAUACAAUCCCCAACACCUCCCCGCAUUUUCAUUGAAGAAAGAGCAACAAAGCUUCAGUCUAAGACCAGAGAUACCCCCAUGGCUAGCUUCUUCUGGCCCACCACCUAUGGAUAUCACCUCCUCAUCUUCAUUCUUCUCGACGAGAUCAGAUUAUCAAGAAUUCACACAGUCCCACCAAGAUUUAGCCCUCCAUGAAACACCACCAAACCCUAACCCUAGUCUCGGCCCCACUCUCCCUCCCUACCAGGCAGCACCCUCUCCACACAUGUCAGCCACUGCAUUGUUACAGAAGGCAGCACAGAUGGGUGCAACCGUGAGCAACAAUACUGGCUCAUCACUAACCAUGAUGCAGAGGCCCACCCAGCAAGUUCACGUGCCUGCUGCUGCUGAUUCUCGCAGCAAUACAACUGGGAAUUUUGGCUCGAAUUUGUCCUCACGUGAAGAGAUGGCCACUGGGUUUGUUCAUGGUCUGGCUUCUUUUGAGUAUAAAGCUGCAGGCCCUUCUGCCAGUACUGCAGCGACCACAGGAGCAGGUACUUGUGCGGCCUCAGGUGUUCCACCUUCCCUUCUUCAUGACAUGGUGGGCUCUCUCUCUUCUACUACUGGGUUUGAAGGAACUUCUUUUGAGGAUGCCUUUGGUGGGAUCUUGAAUUCAAAGAAAGACGGUAAUUCGCACGACACGCUCUCAAAAACAUUCACCACCAGCAGCCAUCUUGGUAGGGCUCAUGAAAGCGGUGGUACUGGUGGUGGAGGUGGUGGUGGUGAAGGUUUGACUAGAGAUUUUUUGGGUCUUAGAGCUCUCUCUCAUAGCGAGAUUCUCAAUAUUGCUGGUCUUGGUAAUUGCAUGAACACUUCUAAUGAGCAUCAAACCCAAUCCCAAAAACCUUGGCAAGCUAACUCUAGGGCUCUCUUUUAAGCAAGGCGCCAAUGUGCAUACAUGUCUGUAUAAAGUUUUGAGGGAUAUGCGGAUGAUGGGUACAAAAGGCAUUGGAUUCUAUAAUGGAAAGAUUCGUCUAGUGUGCAGAGAUUUUCAAGUCAGCUUAGUUUAGAUAUUGUGAUCUAUUUAUUCCAAAAACAAAACGAGAUGCUGUUUGUCACAUGAUGUGGGUCCGAAUGGGAUUCAAUCCCGAGGGAUCGAUCGAUCGAGCUGGGUCACUCGUGUUCGUUUGGCUUAUAUAUACAGACAUUCUUACCAUUUUACACUAAAGAGGUAAUUAAUGCUCUUUAUAUAUGCUUAGCGAAAAAAAAAAAAAAAGGCUUUAUGUGUUUUUUUUCCUUUAUUUUUACGUGCAUCUUGUGAUCUUUUUUAAUGCUUGAUCGCGUGGCCCAAAAAAAAAGGAAGCUCAAUCGAAAACCUCGAUUCAGACAAUUGAUCAAUUUCACAAAGGCAGAUUUGUAUAAAUAGGAUUUAAAAAUAAUAUAUAUAUAUAUUAACUCUUGAAUAUUCUAAUAGGAUGUUCACGUAGUGCAUGUGAGUUUUGAACAAAUUAGGGACCCAAAUGUCUCUUAAUAAUUUUGAGCUUUACUUCCAUGGAAGCGCUUCUUGCAGUCUUAUCGUUUUUAUGGAACCAUUCUACUUAAUUACAGUUAAAAUUUUCAUUAUAUGUAGAAGGAUAUAUAUGUAGAAUUACUGUUUCUGGCCGGAACAUGUUCUCAUGCAGAGUUGCCUGGCCUCAUUCUUUCAGGAUGCGCGUGAGAGAGAGAGAGAGAGAGAGAGAGAGAGAGAGAGAGAGAGAGAGAGAGAGAGAGAGAGAGAUUUAAGCAAUAAAAAUGUGGGUGUUAUCACAAAAUUAAGGUAGGUAAAUGUAUCAUGAUUAGCCUAUCAUCAGGUAAAGUGGUGCAGUGAGAGCUUUAUAUAAUGAAGGAUGCAAAAAGAUGCUCAUCCCUAAGACUGCAGUGUUUGGUCAAUGGGGGGGAGAUGUAUGCUAAGUGUAGCUUUGAAAGUAGUGUUGGCACCUGUCAAUCACUAGCUUUAAUAGUCGAAAAGUUAAGAUAAA